AUGGAAGGCACCGGCGCAUUGAGGGUCGGUCACCUCACCCCAAAUAUCGCACAUUUCGAGCGCAGUAUGGGUAAGCGGUCUCGUGCGUGUGAAGAGUGCCAUCGUCUCAAGAUCAAGUGCGAUGUGACCACAUCGCCUACAUCACCGGCCGCCGCAUGCGAGCGUUGCAGCCGUAACAACCUGGAGUGUGUGCCGGCAGCAUCUCGACUCCAGCGCGACCGCAUCCACGAGCUUGAGGCUCAGGUGCAGGAACUCAGAGACGCGCUGCAGGCCCACCAAGCAGAUCAACCACCCUGCCGGAGGACCAUCUACCGACAACACGACCUGCUCCGCCUCUAUGCGCACCAGGCGGGAGCCGCGUGGCCAGUGAUUCGCCUGCCCGUGAAACUGGACCGGGUGCGCACCGAGUCUUCAGUCCUUCUACAUUCCGUGGUGGUGUGUUGUUUCACGCAGGAGACGCAGGGCACUGGACCUGAUGUGCACGAUGACCUCGUGCGAGAAUCAAUGCACAUCCUGGGCAACGAGCUCAUCGCCAGGGGACAGAGAUCCCUCGGACUUGUACAGGCCCUGCUCGUGGCUGCUUUCUGGAACAAGUCCACGCGAACAUGCCAGCAUGGGAGUUGCUACCAGCUGGUCCAGCUGGCUGUUGAUAUGGCCAUCGACCUGGGCAUUGCUGAGCCUUCGCUGCAGCCUUCCCCGGCGGCCUACUUCAGCCGGCACGAGGAUCCGACUUCACUCGAGGCACGGCGUACCUGGCUUGCGUGUGUCGUGGCACUCUCGACAUCGUCCAUCAGCACGCGUCGGCCUCCUGCCAUCCCGUGGAAUGCCCACUACGAAGACUGCCUCUUCCACCUAGAAAGCAGAGGGGAGCCAUCCGACAUGCUGCUUUGUCAGAUUGUCCGCAUCACCCAGUUGAUCGGAGAGAUCUCUGAUCACCUGUGCCUUUGCCAGUUUGCUACCUAUGUGGCAACGACUACAGUACUCAUGCACCGUUUAUUCCAAGCCGCGUUCCCGUCAAAGACUUCCCCGUGCCAGCCAUUAUCAUCUCCUCUCGAGACAGCGUUGGGAUCCAUCGUCCAGAACUGCCACGCCGUCAUUGCCACGGCCGCCGAGAUGGAUCCUGCCCUGGGUCUCAGCCUUCCUACCUUUUGCCUCGCCCCAACUGUGCUUUACUCUCUCUUCGUGCUGGUCACCGCCCUGGUGGCGGCUACCGACCUGUCCAACACCUACGGACAGUGUCUGGCGAAGGACGAUUUCCGCAUCGAACAGUGCGGUCCGAAGCUGCGGGGCCUGACAGCUCGUCUGAAGUCUCUUGAUCCCACGUCGAGUUGCUAUACGACUCGCCUGCUUGACGCGACGGGGUGGCUCAACGAAUGGUAUAAUGACUACACUGCUAUCCUCCAGCGAUACGAGGCAAACUUGGCUAAUCAGAAAGAAGUAAAAGAAUAA